AUGGCCAUCCAGAAGAAGCACGGCAAGGGCCGUCUCGACAAGUGGUACAAGCUUGCCAAGGAGAAGGGCUACCGCGCCCGAGCUGCGUUCAAGCUGAUCCAGCUGAACAAGAAGUAUGGCUUUUUGGAAAAGAGCAAGGUCUUGAUCGAUCUCUGCGCCGCGCCAGGAUCAUGGUGUCAAGUCGCCGCCGAGACCAUGCCGGUCAACAGUCUGAUUGUCGGUGUCGAUCUCGCCCCCAUCAAGGCCAUCCCCAAGUGCAUCACCUUCCAGAGCGACAUUACGACCGACAAGUGCCGCGCGACGCUCCGACAACACCUCAAGACGUGGAAGGCCGACACGGUGCUCCACGACGGCGCCCCCAACGUCGGCACCGCCUGGAACCAGGAUUCGUUCAACCAGGCCGAGCUCGUGCUGCAGUCGAUGAAGCUGGCCACCGAGUUCCUCGUCGAGGGCGGCACCUUUGUCACCAAGGUGUUCCGCUCCAAGGACUACAACCCCCUGCUCUGGGUCUUCAACCAGCUCUUCACCAAGGUCGAGGCCACCAAGCCGCCGUCGUCGCGCAACGUCUCGGCCGAGAUCUUCGUCGUCUGCCGCGGCUACAAGGCGCCCAAGCGCAUCGACCCCCGCUUCCUCGACCCCAAGGCCGUCUUCGCCGAGCUCAAGGACCAGGCCCCCAACAACGAGGCCAAGGUCUACAACCCGGAGAUCAAGAAGCGCAAGCGUGACGGCUACGAGGAGGGCGACUACACCCUCUACAAGGAGGCGCCCGCCAGCGAGUUCAUCCAGACCGACGACCCCCUCGCCAUCCUCGGCGGCUACAACAAGCUGACGUGGGCCCAGCCCAAGAACGGCGACGUGGCCCUCGCCGCCAUGAGCAAGCUGCCCGAGACGACCGACGAGAUCCGCCUGUGCUGCGAGGACCUCAAGGUCCUCGGCCGGCGCGACUUCAAGAUCCUCCUCAAGUGGCGUCUCAAGGUGCGCGAGAUCUUUGGCCUGUCUACGAAGAAGGACGACGAGCCCGUGCCCGAGGAGGUCGCCGAGGUCGAGGACAUGGACGAGGAGCUCAAGAUCCAGGAGGAGCUGCAGGCCAUGCGCGACCGGGAGAGCACCAAGAAGAAGCGCGAGCGCCGCCGGGAGAACGAGAAGAAGCAGAAGGAGAUUGUGCGCAUGCAGAUGAACAUGAUGGCCCCCAUGGACAUUGGCAUGGAGCAGGACGGCCCCAUGGGCGCCGACUCGAUGUUCCGUCUCAAGAUUGUCGACAAGGCCGGCGCCGCCAACAAGAUUGCGCAGGGCCGCAUGGCCAUCCCGCGCGAGGCCGAGCAGAAGGACAGCGGCAUCGGCUCGUCUGGCGAGACGGACGACGAGACGGACGAGGAGGAGGACCGCCUCGAGGAGGAGCUCGACGGCAUGUACCAGCAGUACAAGGAGAAAAAGGCCGAGGCGGACGCAAAGUACCGUGCGAAGCGCGCGCGCGAGGAGCACAACGACGAGUUUGAGGGCUUCUCCGGCGACGACAAGACGGUCAACACGGACGACGAGUUUGACAUGGACAGCGACAGCGACGAGUCGGACGGCGAGGCUGCCGACGGCAAGGCCCUCGUCACAACCCUCGACAGCACACCCGAGGAGGACGGCGCGUUGUCGAGGCGGGCCAAGAGCUUCUUCGGCCAGGACAUGUUCGAGGGUCUCAUUGACGAGGAGAUGGAAGACGAGGACGUCAAGAUGGCCGAUGCGGGCAAGACGACGGGCGACGAGGAAAUCGACGACGCCGCCAUCGACGCCAUGAUCGCCGCGGCAAAGACCAACGCCAAGACGCAGCCCAAGGCCGAAAAGGCAAAGGCCGACAAGACCAAGGCCGACAAGACCAAGACGGAAAAGGCAAAGAAGGGCAGCAAGGCGCCAGUGCCGGCAGCCGUCGACGCCCCCGACACGGACUCGGACUCGGACAGCGAGACCGAGGGCCGCCCCGCGCCCGCCGGCGACGACGAGGCCGACUGGUCCGCCGACCAGAAGAAGGCGGACGGCACGCUCGACAUUGACAUCAUCACGGCCGAGGCCAUGACGCUGGCGCACCAGCUGGCGACGGGCCAGAAGACGUCGCACGACCUCGUCGACGACGGCUUCAACCGCCACGCCUUCCGCGACCGCGACGGUCUGCCCGAGUGGUUCAUGGACGACGAGGGCAGGCACGACAAGCCGCACAAGCCCAUCACCAAGGCGGCGGCCGACGCCAUCAAGGAGAAGAUGCGCGCGUACAACGCCCGGCCGAUCAAAAAGGUGGCCGAGGCCAAGGCGCGCAAGAAGUUCAAGGCGGCGCAGCGCUACGAGAAGCUCAAGAAGAAGACCGACUCGCUCGUCAACGAGGAGGGCCUCACGGAGAAGGAGAAGGCGAGCACCAUCGCCAAGAUGAUUGCCAAGGCGGGACAGGUCAAGAGGCGGCCGCAGCCCACGCUCGUCAUCGCCAAGGGCCUCAACCGUGGUGUCAAGGGACGACCCAAGGGUGUCAAGGGCAGAUAUACCAUUGUCGACGCGAGGAUGAAAAAGGACCUGAGGGCGCAAAAGAGAUUGUCGAAGAAGAAGAAGCGGUAG